CUAACUACCACUAAUUUCUCUCCACUCACAAAUCACAAGGCUCUGUGGCAUCCAUUGCAUUAUAAACCGCUAGCUCAAAAACGGACUGGCCGAAACCGCCGGUGCAGCCACUAAUAAUUUAUUGCUAGUUUCAUUCACGUUAUAAAACAUGCACCUUUCGGCUUUUUGAUUCCACACCAAGGAAAGGAAUAGUUUCUCUUGUGGAAAUUUUUUUUAAAAUUCUCUCUUUCUCGCUCAAGAGAGCUCGUUGCUCUGUUCUUUCCCUUGCCCCUCCCCAUUAUUCUGAAGCUACAAUGGCGUUUUUACUUUGCCUUUCCAUGAACUGAUAUCCGCCUUCUUCUCCCUUUCAGUGGAAGAGGAUCUGAUGAGACUUGCAUGUCUGGAAUCAGAAAUCCUGAAUUCGAUUCUGGGAUUUUUUUCACUGUUGUUGUAAAACCUUUAGCAAUGGAUGACAAUGGUGGCAGCAAGGUGACUGGAAUUCGGCAGAUUGUUAGGCUAAAAGAAAUUCUCCAGAAGUGGCAAUCUAUUACAAUUGGCUUGAAGGCAACAACUCCCCAGCAGAACAACACUCAUGGGGGCAUUUCUCCAGCAAUUAAUAAAAGGCUAACGAACAUUAAGAAUUGUUGUGAUUCAGACGACGAAAGCUGCAACAGCCCUGGAUUGCCACCUGAUGUCCCCAAAGGGUAUCUAGCGGUUUAUGUUGGGCAAGAGCUUCGGAGAUUUAUUAUCCCCACUAGCUGCCUGAGCCAUUUUCUGUUCAAGGCUUUGCUAGAUAAAUCUGAAGAGGAGUUUGGGUUUGAUCAUAGUGGCGGGCUCACAAUCCCAUGCGAGAUUGAGACGUUUAAGUUCCUCAUGAAAUGCAUGGAGAACCAUCUUAAAGAUCACGAAGAUGACAGCACAACUGAAGAAUUCAAUAACCAUUGAAGAAUAAUCAUCUCUGUAGUGGUCGAGAUUUUAGGGCUGAUUACAGAUGUUAAGCUGGGUCUCCUUGUAUGCAGAUAUAUCCUUCUUUUUCUUUUUAAUUGUCAUAAAAUAGGAAACUUUAGUUAGAUUUAAGGCUCUAUUCUUUUUUGUUGGAAUGUGGCCUACAUCUGGUGUGCUAUCGAGUGUCAAACAGAUGUGUUGUUCAGGAAAAUUACAUCAACUAAUAUUUGUCAUAUAUUUUCAAAAGAUCUGAACUUUCAAUGGAAUCUUUCAUGAUCUUUCUUCAA